AUGCUUGAGGAAAGUUCUCCGGAAAAUAUCAAAAGCCUUAGCCAGAAAUAUAGGCCAAUGUUUUUCGAGGAAUUGCUCGGGCAGAAUAUGGUUGUUCAGUCACUCAUGAGUGUGAUUUCAAAAGGAAGGGUUGCCCCUGUUUAUCUUUUCCAAGGUCACCGUGGGACUGGAAAAACAUCAACUGCGAGAAUUUUUGCUGCUGCUUUGAAUUGCCUUGCUACUGAAGAGACUAAGCCCUGUGGUGUCUGCAGGGAGUGUGCUGAUUUCAUAUCUGGCAAGAGCAAGGAUCUCAAAGAAGUUGAUGUAUCUAAUAAAAAGGGAAUUGAUAGAGUCAAAAAUCUCUUUAGAAAUCUGUCAGGGGUUUCCUCAUCACCCAUUUUGCAGUAUAAGGUUUUUGUCAUUGACAAGUGUCGCUUACUGCCCUCAAAGACAUGGCUGAAAUUUCAUAGAUUUCUUGAGAAACCAUUGCCACAUGUCGUAUUCAUACUCGUUACAACUGAUUGUGACAAUAUUCCCCAUAGUAUAUUUUCCAGAUCUACUGGCAACUUCUGUCUCCUUGUAUAA